GACUCUGCCGACCUGGAGUUCUGGCGAAGUGAAAGCUGGGUGCUGCUCUGGAGCGGCCGGCCGCUGCAGCUGCCCGCACUGGGCUCUGCGGCGCACCUGGUGCGCCAGGCCUUGCUCCCCGGGUCCAAGGUGGACUUCCCGCAGAUCACCGAGAUUUGCGAGCUGAUCGCCGCGAAGCCGCAAGAGGGGCCGGAGGCCAUUCGCCUGCUGGUUGCGGCCAUGCGCGACAAGGACGGGCCCUUCAGGAAGAAGCUAAAAGCGCUCACCAUUGCCAAUGAGAUGCUCUAUGAUGAGAGCUCCAUCGUUUGCUUCCGAGAGGUGCCGAACCUGCAGCUGGCGCUGCAAGGCCUGCGCACACUGAAGGACUCGGGGCUCAGCGAGUACGUGGAUGAAAACAUCCGCAUGCUCGCAACAGAGGUGGACAAGGUCUGCUUUUCCGAGACGGGGGGCGGCGCGCGGGGCCACGCCUCACGGCUGCGGAGCCUGGGCAGCGCGCUGAAGACCAACCUGGAGGCGGCGGCAAAGAAUCUCCGGCGCGGCGAGGAGAGCGGGAAGCCGAUGCCGCAGAACACGUUCUACUUUGAUGAGCAUCACCAGCGCUGGCGCCAGCGAGGCGUGGCUGAUGGACUUUCGGAUCGGCCUGAGAAGCCAGGUGGCUUCAGCGAUGCUACAAAUGCAGCUGCAGCAGCUGCCCCUGCAAAUCCCUUUGGCGAUCGGCCUGAGAAGUCAGGUGGCUUCAGCGAUGCUACAAAUGCAGCUGCAGCAGCUGCCCCUGCAAAUCCCUUUGGCGAUCGGCCUGAGAAGCCAGGUGGCUUCAGCGAUGCUACAAAUGCAGCUGCAGCAGCUGCCCCUGCAAAUCCCUUUGGCGCAUCGGGUGAGCUUGCCACCAACGCAGGUGCCGCCUGCGAUGCGCCGCUGCCGGAUUUCAUGGCUCAGUCCAGCAAGCAGGGCGAAGGCGAACGCUGCCCCCUCAGCUUCCGGCCAAGUGACUUGGGCGGUGCUCGGGACCAGCUCCGCUCAGUGCGGCACCGCGCGCCGGGGCUGCUGCAGCUGCGGGUGCUGAGGAGGGCCUGUGCUUGCUGCAGCGCCAAGUGCGCAGAGUGCACGGAGGCUGUGAUCCCUCUGAGUCCUUCGAAGGAGCAGAGCCGCCAAAGGAGGGCGUGGCCAAAGUGCUUCAGAAGAUCCCGGAGGGAAGCGCCAACCCCUGGCACACCUCGAUUUGCAGCCGCACCCGACGCAUCUUGGACCACCUGGAGGCUGCUGUGGGCCUGCAGGAGACGGAACUCGGUCAGCUCGGAGGAGACAUGCGCUGCUUGGGGCAAGAAGCCGGAGUCGGUGCUCAGCUUCGGGUGCUCCGUGGGCAUCGAGCUGGAGGAGGCGCUUCAUCGCUUCCCGGGCGCUCGGGUGAUGGGCUAUGACCUGGACAGCGGGGUGGUGGAGAAGGCGAAGAAGCGGUUGAAGAGCCGCGCCCAGGUGGUGAGUGAUUACGGUCAGUUGCCGGCGGAGGGCUUCGACCUGGUUCUGGCGAACAACCUCCUGUACAACGGCAUGCCGGAGGGGCAAUUUCAGAGGCUCUUGGAGCAGCUGUUGCAGCUGCUGCGGCCAGGUGGCAUCCUGGAGCUCAUGGUUUACAGCCAGCGCGUGAAGCCGCCCAGCUCCUGCCUGUGGUGUGAGGGCUUCCAGUUCAACUCCUCCAUGGCUUGGCAGGUCAUCCGCGAGCGCUUCGCCUCGGAGCGGCCUCCAGAGCGGAGCUGUGGCCUGGUGACGGUGCCCUCCGUGCAGGGCUCCACGCUCUUCGUCUACCGUCGUCCCUCUGCGUGA